CUACAGGCACUGGGAACUUGCAAGCAGCCAGGGACCACUGAAAAUAGCACUUCUUUUUCUUUCUUUGUGUUCAAAACUAUUUUCUUUCUUCACCAGAUUUUGUUUUCCUCCCCCCGCUGCAGUUGUUUCCCAUUAGUAACUCGAUCUCUCGGAGCAGUAAGAUUCGCCUUCUCCGUCUCCUUUCCCCUCCGCCCCUGUUUGUUUGUUUUCUGCACAUCUCCUUCAGGGAGCCGCCGGGGUUUCCCCCUUCUUUUUUUUUUUUGUUUUUUUUUUCUUUUCCAAACACACCAAUUUCCACUCUGUCUGCCUCUUUCUUCUUCCCUCUCUCCCUCUUGCCUUCCGUCCCCGAGCGUCUCUGCGCUCCUCCAACACGCAGCUCUCUGCCGUCCCUUCUGCUCCUUCACUCGGAUGAGCUGAGAGCCGCGGGCGUGUGUAUAUGGAAAUAGUGGGGUGCCGAGCAGAAGACAAUUCGUGUCCUUUCCGUCCCCCAGCCAUGCUCUUCCACGGGAUCUCCGGAGGCCACAUCCAAGGCAUCAUGGAGGAGAUGGAGCGCAGAUCUAAGACCGAGGCCCGCCUGGCCAAAGGCGCUCAGCUCAACGGCCGCGACGCGGGCAUGCCCCCGCUAAGCCCCGAGAAGCCUGCUCUGUGCGCCGGCUGCGGGGGCAAGAUCUCGGACAGGUACUACCUGCUGGCUGUGGACAAACAGUGGCAUCUGAGGUGCCUGAAGUGCUGUGAAUGUAAGCUGGCCCUCGAGUCCGAGCUCACCUGCUUCGCCAAGGACGGUAGCAUUUACUGCAAGGAGGAUUACUACAGAAGGUUCUCUGUGCAGAGAUGUGCCCGCUGCCACCUUGGCAUCUCCGCCUCUGAGAUGGUCAUGCGUGCCCGAGACUCUGUCUACCACCUGAGCUGUUUCACCUGCUCCACUUGCAACAAGACCCUGACCACGGGUGACCAUUUUGGCAUGAAGGACAGCCUGGUGUACUGCCGCGCCCACUUCGAGACCCUCUUGCAAGGGGAGUAUCCACCGCAGUUGAGCUACACUGAGCUGGCGGCCAAGAGCGGUGGCUUGGCCCUGCCUUACUUCAAUGGCACUGGCACGGUGCAGAAAGGGCGGCCCCGGAAGCGGAAGAGCCCAGCGCUGGGAGUGGACAUCGUCAAUUACAACUCAGGUUGUAAUGAGAAUGAGGCAGACCACUUGGACCGGGAUCAGCAGCCUUACCCACCCUCGCAGAAGACCAAGCGCAUGAGAACCUCCUUCAAGCAUCACCAGCUACGGACCAUGAAAUCCUAUUUUGCCAUCAACCACAAUCCGGAUGCCAAGGAUCUCAAGCAGCUUGCUCAGAAAACAGGCCUCACCAAAAGAGUUUUGCAGGUUUGGUUCCAAAACGCACGAGCCAAAUUCAGAAGGAACCUUUUGCGGCAGGAGAAUGGGGGUGUUGAUAAAGCUGAUGGCACGUCGCUUCCGGCCCCGCCCUCAGCAGACAGCGGCGCUCUUACUCCACCCGGCACUGCGACCACUUUAACAGACCUGACCAAUCCCACUAUCACUGUAGUGACAUCCGUGACCUCUAACAUGGACAGCCACGAAUCCGGAAGCCCCUCACAAACUACCUUAACGAACCUUUUCUAACAUUGGUUUUUUUUUUUUUAAUUCUUCCUCUUCUUUUAUUAUUCUUAUUCUUAUUUUAUUAUUUACAAGAUUUUUUUUUUCUAACCCACAAGAUAUUUGGGAAAUAAAAACAACAGCUUGGUGUGUAGCAUCUGCAGCCACUUGGCAAAUGAGUUUACAGUAUUGUCUCCUUUACAAAGUGGUUUUUUGUUUUUGUUUUUGUUUUUUUGUCUACAAAGUGUACUUGGGUUUUUUUUUUUUAAUUAGAUCUUUCAGUUGGUAAGGGGAGUUUUUGAAUUAUUCUAAUAAGUGCCUCUUAAAAUUGUAUGUUACUUAUUUCCAGAAUCUCAAAGAAAAAAAAAGUGGUAUUAUGAUGGGUAAAUAAUCAUAUUCCCAAUUAAAUGAUUAGGUUAAUAAAGAAUCAGAUAAUUAAAGUUAUUUUUUAAAUCUUGUAAUUGUAUGUGUACUUAUGGAAUUUUGAAAACUUCACAUUGUUUUUUGAAUUUUAAAACUGAAAAAAAUGUUUUGAUCAUUCUUUUUUCUUACAAAUGAGGAAUAUGAUUAAACAAAAGCAUUAUCUAUAGCAGCUCCAAAUAUUAAAGAUUAAUUAGGUGGGAAAUCUGUUCCAAGGACGUGACUUUUCCUUCUUUUUGGGAUGUACAUCCCAGCAAAACUUGUUAGUUAGUUACUUGUUUUUCAACAUUUGAAAAAUACUUAAACUCCCUGUGUAUCUAUGAAAAUUCCAUAUAGAUUUUGAAAUUCUAUACUUUUAACCUAAAGCUAAAAAUGAUAGUUGUAAAACCAUUCUUUCUAAAUUAAUUUUUUUCCUAGGGAAAAUGGAAAUAAGCAAAAUAUAAUUUUUUAAGAAGUUAAAAAGGUAUAAUUUAAUUAAUAGAUCUAUUAAUUGGCUUCAGCUGUACCAUGAUAUUGUAUCUGGCAUUCUAUAUGAAUAAUGUUUUUUUUUUUUUUUUUAAAAAAACCUUAGUAGACUAAUAUUAACAACAAGAAAUCUUUGGUUUGUUUUACUUUAUUUUACUUUGGCAUAGGUUGAUAUAUUUAUCAGAAAAAAACCCUUUUCUGACAGUACAGAUUGAAAGUUAUUAGUCUUAAAGUAGAUAAACUCAGAAGCCUUGUGGAUGCUGAUCUGAAUAUAUUUCCUAGUUUACAGUAGCAUUUUUUUUCUUUUAAUUUAAACUAAAAUCUUAAUGGUCUGGGCAGUGGUGAAUGUUCAUCUAUAUGCUUCUGUUGUAGUUAAAUACCAAUUAGAUUGUGGAUUUCCU